CUCUCUCUCUCUCUCUCUCUCUCAAUUAUUAGAGUAUCUACUCUUAUCUUCAUCUCUUCCAAUCAAUCUCUGUUUCCCUUACUGUUCAGUUGUUCUGCUCUCUCUACCUUGAUCAUCGGUGCCAUGGCGGAAUGGUUUGUUGGUCCAAUCAUGGACAAGAUCGAUCAUCAACGCUUGCUCUGAUUACCUGGAAGAGCAAGUCGGAUGGCAGACCGGCAUGAAGAAGGAGCUGGAAAGCCUGCGAGAAAACCACCCCAAGAUCCAAGCUGUCGUCUUUGCCGCUAACCAAGCACAAAUUAGCGAUCAGAACCCGGCUCUCAACAAUUGGAUCUGGCUGCUGCGAGAUGCUGUUGAUGAGGCAGAUGAUGUGCUCGAUGAGUUUGAGUACAUGAAGCAUAAACAACAGCUGACCAAAAACAUGGAGGAAACAGAGAAAAGAACGGCGUUUUUCCUGAUUGAAAGUGCUCGCAAAGUAGGCGAACGUGCUCUCAAGAUUGAUCCCAACUUGAAGAGGUUGGAGGAGGUUGUGAAGAAACUAGAUAAAGUUUCAGCUGGGGUUAGUACUUUUCUUCAUCUUCUAGAUAGCGUAAACAGGAUCCUUGCCUUCGAAUGAUCUCAUCGGUAGAGGCGAGGCUAAGGAGUUUGUUAUGCAGUGGCUGAGAAAACCAUCAAAUGAGCCUCGGACAACUAGGUACAGAAACAUUUCUCUUCUAUCUAUAGUAGGCCAUGGUGGCAUGGGAAAGACAACUCUCUUGCAACAUGUAUAUGAAGAUGAAUUGACAAAGGAAUUUGUUCUUAAAAUGUGGCUUUGUGUUUCCAACAAAUUUGAUGUGAAAAAAGUCAUUGCAGAUA